CGUGUGGAAAGACAAGAGGGAAGUAGGGUAAAAGGAAAAGAAGAAUCUGAAUCCAAGGGAGCAACAUCGCAGCACUUGCAUUCACUUGUAAAACUUAAGAAAGAAGGCUUUUCCUCGCGGGACAGAUUCAAUCUUCUUUUCUGUCUCCCAAAUUACAGUACUCUCUCUUACAGAACACGCUCUUAACGAAGAGAAAUAGAGAGGUGUCUUGUGUUGAGGGAAAAAAUGACAGCCGGAGGGCCAUCAGGGAGGCUACCAGCUCUCAAAGAAAGAGAGAACAAUAAGAGAAGGGAGAGAAGGAGAAGAGCCAUAGCUGCAAAAAUAUUUACAGGGCUUAGAGCUCAGGGAAACUAUAAGCUACCAAAACAUUGUGACCAUAAUGAAGUCCUGAAAGCUCUUUGUUCUGAGGCUGGCUGGAUCGUUGAAGAAGAUGGCACUACUUAUCGUAAGGGAUACAAGCCACCCCCAACCCCAACUGAAAUGGCAGGAGCUUGUACAAACAUCAGUGCAUGCUCCUCUAUUCAGCCAAGCCCACAAUCAUCGUCUUUCCCAAGUCCUGUGGCCUCUUACCAGGUCAGUCCAACAUCAUCUUCAUUUCCAAGCCCAACUCGGUUUGAUGCAAGCCCCUCAACGUUCCUUCUUCCAUUCCUUCACAACAUUGCUUCCAUCCCUACUAAUUUACCUCUUCUUAGAAUAUCAAAUAGUGCUCCUGUAACCCCACCAUUAUCAUCUCCAACAUCUAGAGUUUCAAAACCAAAAGCGGAUGGGGAUUCUUUUUCAAAUGGAUCAUUAGACUCUUUCCGUCAUCCCCUGUUUACGGCAUCUGCCCCUUCAACCCCCACCCGCCGCCAGUAUCUUGGACCUGCCACAAUACCAGAAUGUGAUGAGUCUGAUGCAUCCACUAUGGACUCUGGUCGUUGGGUAAAUUUCCAGACAGUAUCACCUUCAGCAGCAGCAGCCCCUCCUUCACCCACAUUUAAUCUUGUUAAACUGGUGCCGAAACCAAAUUCUUUUCAGGAUGCAGUAAAUGGGCAUGGAGGGGUAAGCUGGGGGGUGACAACAGAUGGAGAGAGAGUUUCAGAGUUUGAUUUUGAGAGUGAUAAAGUUAAGCCACGGGAGGGUGAGAGAAUUCAUGACAUAGGUGUGGAUGAUCUGGAGCUUACACUAGGAAGUGUCAAGGCGCGUUUAUAAUGCAUCUAACAAAACCUCCAUUGAAUCAAGAAUGAUGUGUAGAAACAAAUGAUACAAAUUAUCAUAACAUACUGAGGCUGCAGGUUAUAAUUGAAUCAUAUCAUUGAUAAUUUUUACCAUCACUUCAAAAUCAUUCAAUGAGAUGUUACCAUCAAUCACAGAGAAAAGAGAGUUUAUGAAGAUUUCAUUGUUUAUUCUAAACGGUGCUUAGUUUCUUUAGCUAGUCAAGUCUGCAUGGCAUCACUUGGGAAUCUCCUCUGAUAUCUGCAAUCUAUGGAAACCUCUAUUUUACAUUUGGCGAUGCCCAGACUUUUCUUUUAUGUGUGGAAUCUUACCUGUAAGUGCAAACGGGCUGGAAAGACCAAAGGAAGUGAUUAGGGAGGUAUUUGGCAAAAGAAAACAUGUAUAUGUAAAGAGCAAUUUUUU